AUGGCCACGUAUAUGAUUGAUACGCAUUGUCAUCUGGUUGAUAAUAAAUUCAAAUCCGAUGUCGAUGACGUUAUUGAACGAGCAAAAUCGAGGGAUGUCAAGCAUGCAGUGGUAUGUCCGGAGUAUGCAAGCCAAUUUGACGCCGUGUUAGAACUAAAGUCAAGGCAUCCUGAUUUCGUAUUGCCAGCCAUAGGGAUACAUCCAAUUCAGAAGAAGAAUAAAUCUGUCAAACUGGAGGAUAUUGAAGGCGUAGAAGCGUUCAUCUCGAAGCAUAGAGAUCAGAUCUAUUGUAUCGGCGAGGUUGGCUUGGAUUUUACUGAAAGGUACAAUAUUGGUCCUGAGAAGAUGGUC